CCCGGCUCGGCGCCCCCCCGCCCUGACCCGCCCCCCCCGCGCCCCCCCCCCCCCCCGCAGGGGAACUACGUCCCGGAGCGGGAGGAGGCGGUGGCCGCGCAGCGCCCCGAGUUCGACGUCGUGCUCUGCCUCUCGCUCACCAAGUGGGUUCAGCUCAACUGGGGCGACGACGGCCUCAAGCGGCUCUUCCGGCGCGUCUACCGGCACCUGCGCCCGGGGGGGCUCCUGCUGCUCGAGCCCCAGCCCUGGGCCUCCUACCGCAAGCGCAAGGGGCUCACGGAGACGACGUACCGGAACUACCAGCGGAUCCGGCUGCGGCCCGAGCAGUUCCCCUCGUACCUCACCUCCCCCGAAGUGGGCUUCGACAGCUACGAGUUGUUGGGGACCCCCCAGCACGCCGCCAAAGGCUUCCAGCGGCCCAUCUAUCUCUUCCACAAGGGACGAGGCGACGCCCCCUGAGACCCCCCCACUGUGCACGCCCCCUGAGACCCC